AUGCGGCGCAAGAAGUUAUUUUGGCCCGGACACCUGCUGCUGAUGACUCAGGAUGACCAAGGAGCCUUGCAGAUGGACUACCCCUUCGUCCCUUCAGAUUGUUACUACCUCGGCUACCUGGAGGAGAUUCCUUUUUCCAUGGUCACCGUGGACACAUGCUAUGGGGGUCUUGAAGGUAUUAUGAAGUUGGAUGACCUUGCGUAUGAAAUCAAACCCCUCAAGGAUUCGGAAAAGUUUGAACAUGUGGUUUCUCAGAUAGUGGCAGAUGCCAAUGCAACAGGACCUGAGUAUGGACCGGGACACAAGGAGGAUAGACACCCACUGUUCCCUGAAGCAGAUGUCAGUGUAGCCCCCAGGAGUGGUGCUAGGGUGUUUGCAGCACGUAAGGGAAUUAUGAAAGGAUUUUUUCAAUAUUCUAAUUCAAUGUAUCGUGUAUACAACAAUGUGUCUAAGUGUAUAGAAACCCUGGUACAUAUGUGUAGUAUAGUGGACUCCUUUCAACAAGGUCUUGCUGUAAGGUUCUAUCUAGUUGCAGUGGUACUAUUUAAUCAAAGAGAUCCAACUGUCAUGAAUGACUAUAGAGUACCAGGUGGUGCAUAUGCUCGUUAUCAUGCAAACAAUUUCAGACUAGUUAGAGAAACCACUUCAUCCUUGAUAGUAAUUCGUGAUGGACCACGACAAGGUCUGUUUGAGCCAGAGGCCAAUACUGUGUGUACAACUCAUCGUAGUCUACUCUUCGUUGGUUAUCUAGGCAGACAUUAUUUAAUAUUAGCUAUUGUAUCAACCCAACUCAUUGGGAGAAGUUUUGGUCUGCAGUAUGAUGGUGGUAACUGCUAUUGCAUGAGAAGGAGCACCUGCCUUAUGGCAAGAUACCCAGCCUUGACAGAUGCCUUCAGUGACUGUUCCAUUGGGCAGUGGUGGAACAUAGUAGGACUACACGGCAGUUGUAUAUUUAACACAACGGUGAGCUAUUUUAAUGAAAGCCUGCUACAGAUGCGUUGUGGAAACUAUAUAGUGGAGGAUUGGGAGCAAUGUGACUGUGGCUCCUUCAAGCAGUGUUACAGCAACAAAUGCUGUGCGUAUGACUGUAUGUUGGAGGGAGGGGCUACUUGUAAUGAAGGACUAUGCUGUACAAACUGUACCUACUCUGAACCUGGGACACUCUGCAGACCAAUCCAGAAUACAUGUGAUCUUCCAGAGUACUGUUUUGGAACAACCAGUCAAUGCCCAGAAGAUUUUUAUAUGCAGGAUGGAACGCCCUGUACUGAAGAAGGCUACUGCUAUCAUGGAAACUGCACUGACCGCACUAUGCACUGCAGAGAAAUCUUUGGAAGACACGCUAUUAACGCUCAUGACGUCUGCUAUACAAUAAAUAGAAAAGCCAAUCGAUUUGGACACUGUACAAGAAAUGAUAGGGUGUUGAACCAUGCUGCUUGUAGAGAAGCAGACAUAAAAUGUGGAAGGCUGCAGUGUAGCAAUGUCACUCAUGUUCCCCGGUUGCAGGAACAUGUUUCAUUCCAUCAGUCAAAGAUCUCAGGGGUCUGGUGUUGGGGAGUAGGCAGUCACUAUUCCCCAGAAACAACUGAUGUUGGUCAUGUGAGAAGUGGUACCCCCUGUGCUCCUGGGAGGUUCUGUCGCAACAGCACCUGCAGUGCUCAAAUAGAUGCAAUAACUUAUGACUGUCCCCCUACGAAAUGCAAUCAUAGAGGAAUUUGCAACAAUAGAAGGAAUUGCCAUUGCCAUGUAGGCUGGCAGCCUCCACUGUGCUUAAAGAGAGGUCCUGGAGGGAGCAUGGACAGCGGACCCAGUUCAAGAAGAAUUCGCUCAGUAAAAACAAGCCAAGCAUCGAUCCUAUAUUUGAAACUGGUCUUUGGUCGCACUUAUGCCUUCAUAGCUGCACUCCUCUUUGGUGUGGCCACCAAUGUUAAAAAUGUCAAGACCUCCAGAGUUAAGGAAGUGACAGAAGCAGUGAAGUCCAACGUCUGA